GUUAAAGUCUUACUAACAUUUACGGAGUAGCAUCGUUUAUAUUUUUCAACAGCAGAAGGAGGAGGAGGUCGAGUCACCGGGCGUCAAAUCUCGCCGGAAUCUGGUCAAAGGAGAGAGAGAAAAUGGCGUGGGUUAGCGAUCAAAUCGACGCUGUCAAAUCCAUUCAGAUCAGACAACUUGUUCAUCAAGCCGUCAGUCUUGGGAUGAUUGUUACCUCUGCACUCAUAAUAUGGAAGGCGUUGAUGUGCUUUACUGGUAGUGAAUCUCCUGUCGUCGUUGUCCUUUCUGGAAGCAUGGAACCUGGUUUCAAGAGGGGAGAUAUAUUGUUUUUACAUAUGAGCAAGGAUCCUAUUUAUGCUGGGGAAAUAGUUGUGUUUAAUGUUGAUGGCCGUGAAAUUCCAAUUGUCCAUCGAGUUAUCAAGGUUCACGAGCGGAAAGAUACUGGUGAAGUUGACGUCCUUACAAAAGGUGACAACAACUAUGGCGAUGACAGGCUUUUGUAUGCUCAUGGUCAACAGUGGCUGCAACGACAUCAUAUAAUGGGCAGAGCUGUAGGAUUCCUACCAUAUGUUGGCUGGGUUACAAUCAUCAUGACUGAAAAGCCAAUGAUCAAGUAUAUAUUGAUAGGUGCCCUGGGAUUACUUGUCAUUACUUCAAAGGACUAGCUGGUGCAAGAACGACCUCUUUUGUGUCUUAGCAACAUUUAUUCAGUCUUUAAUGGUUCAUGUACAAGUUAUUCGGAAACUAAAAUUCAAAAGUUUACAUGGUGAUUUUGGCCAAAAUGUAUUGAUGUUGUAGUACAAUAACAUGAUACAAUGAUGAUAUAAAUCGACACAGGUUUAGCUACUCUGUGGCUCUGUGCGGAGUUUUAGAGAAAAA